CGGCUAGCCUAGGCCUAUACUAGGCUAUUAUACUUUAAAUUAUAGGACAGGAAGGGUGCCUGUGUCGCUGUUUUCUAGCUGAUCGCUCCUGUGCGCCACUGCCCCGCUGCCUCUGUGUGCGUGUCACUGAGUCUUUUCGUGUGGUGUGGAUCGUCCGGUCUUCUUAGCUUUACAAAUCACGGCAACGAACACUGCCAAGAAGAAGAGUGAAGUGUGUCUGAUCAGGGUGUUUCAACGUGAGUAGGAAGCUGGAAACACAAGAGACACCAGUGCCAUUGCCGUAAAAAAGAAUCACCACGCCGUGCGGUUCUCCGGGUUUGCAGUUCGGUUUCAACGCGGACCUCAGGAAUUUCGGAGGAUCCCAAGUCGAGGACCAUUUUCUCCACAUUGGUGAGCGUGAAGCAGCAGCGUGGCAAUUGCUAGGAUGAGGCGAAUUGUGCUGGCAACGGCGGUGUUGCAGUUGUUUCUGCUGGACAAUCUGUAUGUUGCUCAAAAUGCGGUUGGAAUUGAGUGGUUCAGAAUCACUGUUAAUGGACUGGAAGAGGUAACCGAUGAUGUGAGUCAACGCGUGCACGCGCGUACCAUUAACCCCACGUUCAGCAAAGUUCUAGUCGUGACGUCGGGACGACCAGGAGUGGUGGCAGCCAACGGAGGUGACUUUGGCGCUCGGUACCAGUGCAACAACAGACGUACUGGUGGCAUUGUGGAUAGGACUUUUAUCACCUUCAUCCGUGCCGUUGCGCCAGUGGCGGUCCUCCGCUUCCCUCCGCCCAGUACAACGGUGAAUGAAUCUGCCGGCGAGUACGUCACCCUAGAGUGUAUUUCGGAUCAAAUGGCGACCCCGGAACCCACGGGUGAAUGGAGAAUAUAUUAUGAAGGUGGUGAUGUCGUGACGAGGACCACCGAUCAACUCAUGGUCCCCAGGAUCAGAAACCAGUCCGGCAUCUACGUCUGCAGCAUCUCGAAUGAGGCUGGCAGUGUGCCGUCCAUCAAUGGUUCAGUCGUGGUCCAGUAUCCACCUGAAGUGAACAUCGCGUCGGCGUCUCUCUCUAUGGGAAGGAUUGUGUCCGGCUCUGACUUGAACUUGUCCUGCUAUGCCAAUGCAAGGCCGAAUGUCACACGCAUGGAGAUUGUGUUCAUCAACGAGUCGGUGAAUGCGUCCGUAUCUCAGACCGAGAUUCAGCUGUUGAGCGUUGACACGCUGCCGGAUAACCGCACCGUCUCUAUCUACCACCGCGUGGAGAAUGUGCAGCGGUACUCUCACACCGGAGUGUUUGCGUGCCGCGCGUUCAACCUCCUGGGGUACACCAACUCUACACUCCGAGUUGAAAUCAUCGAUACACCAAGUGCACCCAUUAAUGUGACCCUGGUGAAUCACACACACUCUGAGGUUACCCUCGACUGGCAUGCACCAAGCAACGAUGGAGGAUCACCAGUCGUCUAUUACCAGAUCAACUGCACUGCUACCACAGGUAUUCUGCACAACUUGACCCAGCAGGUGGAGGUGAAUACCACCAUUAGGAAUGUGACUGCAGAACAGGCCCUCAUGCAGCCCAACAGCUCCAUUAACGCCACCAACCGCCACACCUUCACUGGCCUGUUCCCGGGAGAAGACUAUACGUGUGCACUGUUUGCUGACAACUUUGCCGGACUGGGACCAGCGUCUGAGUCCGUCGUGUUCAGUACAGCAUCAGAUGUUCCAUGCCCCCCUAUUGUGGAAUCCGAGGCGCGUGCACAGAACAUCUGUGUGUACUGGACACUGCAAUGUGAUGGAGGAGAGCCCAUAUCCAACUGUGUUCUGUAUAGAGAUGACGUUGUGGUGCAGACUUUUGACGGCAACAGUGACCUCUGCCAGGCUGAUGGAGCACGAAAGGUUUUCUGUGACUCUGAAGAUUUGAUUCUCGGUCGACAGUACGUGUAUACUGUAAGCGUGGCCAAUUCUGCCGGAGCACGGGUCACUGAGACCGCUGUGGUCAACGCUGAUCCACCAGAUGCCACAGUGACGGUCACCAUGCCUCCUGAACCAGAAGAAUCCUCCAGUUCUAGCCUGUCGAAUGGCGCUAUUGCAGGCAUCAUUGUGGCGAUUAUUAUUGUGGUCCUUGUGCUCAUCAUCGUGACUAUCAUCAUCGUCAAACAACGUGGUUCUGGUGCCAUGGCACCGACUGGGCUGAACAACAAGCCACGCGUCAUAGCUGAUCCCGCCACCGAGCCAUCCGGACUGAAAUUCACCAACAUGACAGAUCCAACGCCCGCUAAGAACUAUGCCCAGGUUGAAACUGUCCCGGCACCCAAGUCUUCACAUCCCUCAGUCAGCACUAAUUAUUCCGUGUCAUCUGCAAAGACCGAGUACUCCAGUCUGGACCCAGUGAAAACCAGAGGUUACAGCAGCGAUCCAGCAGGAGGCCAUACAGUCGUGUAAUGGUCUGUAUGUCCGUGUGUGUUCGAUGGUAUAAUCCCAGCACACAUUGCUAUGUCUAACACAGCUUGUUCGCUAUCAUUGCUUCAGCGUUGGGCAUGUGAAAGUGCGUGUGUGUGCGUGCGUGUGUGUGUGGGCGUGUGUGUGUGUGUGCGUGUGUGUGUGUGUGUGUGUGUGUGUGCGGGCGUGUGUGUUUGGUUCUUCCUGAACCAGUCCCGAGCAACAUCACAAGGAGCCAAUGUUCUGCUCCCAAGCUGUUAUUCUCAUUUACCAAACCUUUCCUUUCUCGUCCCGGUCUGUGUGCGUGUGUAGGGGGAUCUUGCCCUCUCCCAGGUGACGUCUCACAGACCAACACUGAUGAUAUUUUUCUGGGCAAUGCAAUAUUUCCUGUGCUGCCUGUCCUUACCUCACUGUUAGCACUGCACAUAUCACUACGGCUAGUCACCGAGCACAGCACCAUCUCCAGGAUGCUCUUGUAUAUUGCUACAUUCAUUUGCUCUCUGUUUCAAUUUCUCUCGCCCUUGUUACUGCUCAAUGUUUCCGGUAGGCGAAGAUACGCUUUUCGUACGACAAAACUCGUCUGUGAUCCUCCAAACGCUCUGGAGAAGUUUGCCUGCCCAGUUACUAUAAACGGGUUGCUGCUGUCACAACCCUGACCUGGUAAGAGGCCGUCCCCUCCUGGAAUGAUUACGGUUAUAGCCUAU